CCCGUGGGCGGGCUCAGAAGGCUGGCGGGCAGCUAGCAUGGCAGAUGAGGAGGAAGACCCUACUUUUGAGGAGGAAAAUGAAGAAAUUGGAGGAGGAGCGGAAGGUGGCCAGGGGAAGAGAAAGAGACUUUUCUCGAAAGAAUUGCGCUGUAUGAUGUAUGGGUUUGGGGAUGACCAGAAUCCUUACACAGAGUCAGUGGAUAUUCUUGAAGACCUCGUCAUAGAGUUCAUCACUGAAAUGACUCACAAGGCAAUGUCGAUUGGAAGACAAGGUCGAGUACAAGUUGAAGAUAUUGUCUUCCUAAUUCGAAAGGAUCCAAGGAAGUUUGCUAGAGUUAAAGACUUACUAACUAUGAAUGAAGAAUUGAAACGGGCUCGAAAAGCUUUUGACGAAGCCAACUAUGGAUCUUGACACCGUUCGUAAUUCCCGAGGUUUUGAUAUCUUCUGUGGAAACCAUGCAUUGUCGUCGUUGUCUGCAGUAAUAUGAUAGCUGGGCAUGCAGUGGGACAUGUCUUUAGCUUGAGCCUCUCAUUGCCUAUAUUUAUCUGACCAUAUUUGAAUUGCUUACUGGCUUUAAUACCUCCUAAGUUUAAGUACUGUAAACCAUGCAGUUCCAAAUGAAAGUAGUAUUUAUUCUUCAGGUAGACGUGCACAUUCCCAGCUGUAUACCAUCGCUGCAUAGGAUGCAAUCUAAAUGGCCAUUUGAUUUUAUGAAUGAUGAGGCUUGUGCUUUAUGUAUCUCAAGUUUUUAGAUGACAGUGGUGUGGGGGAGAAGUUAUUAAAGGUAAUGAACUGAUUUGUGUUUUUUUUUAAGAAACUAAAAUUCUUGUCAGAAUGUUUGUCUUAAUAGAUCAUUUGUUUUAAUAUUCUUUUCUAAAAAACACUUUUUUAAAAAUAAACUAAUAUUGGCUAA